CGGGCAGGGGUUGCCAUGGCGACGGGUACCCCGCUGCGGGCGGGGCCCUGAGCAGGGUUGCCAUGGCGACGGCCCUCUCCCUUCUGUGGGGCGGGGCUGAGGGAGGGUCUGGAUGGAUGGAUGGGGGCUCCCCUCUGCAGGGUGGAUAGACUCCUGGCUGUUCAAUGUAGCAGCAUUUGGUCGUCCUGGGACAGUGAGGCUCUCUCCAGACUCGCUGUGGAAGGCGAGGGCGCUGCUGGGCUCUCCUCCUCCUCCUCCUUCUCCUCCUCCUCCUCCUCCUCCUCCUCUUUCUCCUCCUCUUCGUCCCGGAGCUCGGCUCCAUUUCCGUCAAGACGCUGGCGACUCACGGCUUCGGGGUGGCCAUGGCGGCCAUGGCAGCCAUCCCUCCGCAGAGGUACCACUACUUCUUAGUGCUGGACUUCGAGGCUACCUGUGACAAGCCGCAGAUCCAUCCUCAGGAAAUCAUCGAAUUCCCCAUUCUGAAGUUAAAUGGUCAAACGAUGGAAAUCGAGUCCACGUUUCACAUGUAUGUGCAGCCGGCUGUCCACCCUCAGCUGACACCCUUCUGUACAGAGCUGACUGGGAUCAUUCAGGCCAUGGUGGAUGGCCAGCCAAGUCUCCAGCAGGUGCUUGAGAGGGUUGAUGAAUGGAUGGCGAAGGAAGGCCUUCUAGACCCGAGCGUCAAGUCAAUCUUUGUCACUUGUGGAGACUGGGACUUGAAAGUGAUGCUGCCUGGGCAGUGCCAGUACCUGGGCUUGCCAGUGGCUGAUUACUUCAAGCAGUGGAUUAACCUGAAAAAGGCCUACAGCUUUGCCAUGGGCAGCUGGCCCAAGAACGGCUUGCUAGAUAUGAACAAAGGUCUCAACCUUCAGCACAUAGGACGACCUCACAGCGGCAUCGAUGACUGCAAGAACAUUGCCAACAUCAUGAAGACCCUGGCACACCGAGGCUUCAUCUUCAAGCAGACGUCCAAGCCCUUUUGAUCGGCCGACCAAGGGGGAGCCAACUCUGGCCACAGACCCCCCAGCCCGCCCCCAGCCCCCUGCCCGGGGUAUCUGGAGGCAAGGAGAGCAAACCCCCUUCCCACCACCCCUAGUCUGGUCUCACUACCUGCCCGUCUGCCUGCCCACCCACUGGUCUCCAUUCCGCGGGGGCCCCGGGGCUGGACAGCUGGAGGGGAGGGGGCUUCUGAGCCCAUGGAGCAGGGCCAGUCACCCCGGGGAAGGCCGGGCACAGGGCAGCUGGGCAGGCAGGCCAGCCAGGCCAGCUAGCCUUGGGCUCCUUCCUGGGGGUGGCUAUGUCUUUCCUCCACCCUGGGCCAGCUCAGUCCCAGUAUUAGGCCCUUCCCCUGGGGGUCCCAGGGAGGUUGGGUCAGACCUCACACCUCCCCCCUCCUCUGGCACAGGGCGCUCCGUUGAAGGGGUGGGGGCCCAAGCUCCCGGUGACCUCCACCCUCCCCAUAGUGCAUGGCGUGUGGUUGUCCCUACCUGGACUCCAGGACAGAGUAGCCCCUCUCCCUCCCCCCGCCCCCCCCAUCACUGUGUCUGUCAACCCCACCCGCUGUGAAUGUGCCACAGAGAAUAAAAGUC